AUGACGGGGACAACUUCACCGUCACAGUGUGCUCAAGAGCCUCCCACUGAGUGGCCGACUACUACUGAUGGCUAUCAGCUCAAAUGCCCUAUAGGGUAUGGCGCUUUUGCUACGGUAUAUAAAGCUAGUGUGGCAACGGGUGAUCAUGCUGGUGAAGAUGUUGCCAUUAAAGUGAUCGAUCUCGAAUGUUUGGAUGGCACUACUUUUGAUGAUAUUCGUAAGGAGCUACAAGUUAUGAGGAUGUGUACUCAUCCUAAUGUAAUCGCCUACCACGCGGCGUUCUCUUCCCCGGACGCCAAAAUGUGGUUGGUGAUGCCUCUCAUCAACGGCGGCUCCUGUCAGAACGUCAUACGAGAGUACAAGAAGUCUACUGGCCACAGCAUUAACGUAAUAAUUUC